AUGGGUUUCUUUUACUGCCUGGACACCGGCAUCGACUGCAUCAGGCAAUAUGAUCGUAGAUCUAGUGGGGUAGGGAGUUCAGGGGAGAGUGCAGAUCCUCAUCGGACCGAAACCAGAGUUCUUCAGAUGACAGAAUCGCUUAUCAAUACUCGACUAGAAUUUUUCAGUUUCCUCAGUUGGACAUUAGUUCUCAUAUUUUGUAGUCUGAAGAAAGCCUUGCCCUGUAUCCCUUUACUCUGUUUAAAAAGACUUUCAGGAGCUCAGAAUCGCGGGGAAACCAAGCCACCAUCCACAAAGGAGAGGAAACGAAGGAAAUCGAAACGGAGCAGAAAAAACAGCGUUGACCGGUUAAACUGGGAAAUGAGAGCUCGCUGUGAUAUCAAACUCAUGUGGCAGAUCUCGAUUGGCGAAGGACAAGAUAUUUGCCUGGAUGAAGUCGACUAUUUCUACGAAAACGAUUGGACUCCUACAGAAGACGAUUUUAAACUUUUUGAUAAACAAAGCAAUGGAGGAGGACAUGAUUUUCCAAGUUUCACCUACAGUCCGAAGCCAUGGAGAAAAAAAUGCGGGAAAGAUCAUUGUUUCUUUGAAGAUGGCUCAAUACUUUACUUGUAGCCCAAAAAAAACAUUCUCUGUAUUUUCCACUGAAUAUGUGGAUUAUUACCAAAAGAUUAUAAUCGUAAUCUUUAAUAUUAAUUAAUAUUUCUAAAUUAGCGAAGUAAUUUUGAUACG